UCUUAACCCACUACCUCGACUUUCCUUUCGUUUAUCUGCUACUCUUCCUCAAGCUGGAUAGCGUAUUCUGGUGACUGCGCAUGCCACUCGGAGAGCCGGCGAUUAGUACAUAUUUUGAACGUAAGAGGAAGGAAAAUGUUAGACCUACGAAGAGGAAACGCGGAGAUGCGGAGACAACAAUAACCACAGACCGUUCUUGCUCGCCCUCUCCUAAGAGGCAGAAGCAGAGAACAUCUGUUCAUCCACGUCGACAGGUUUUUAAUGACAAGGAUAGCUACGUGAAUAGGCCGCCAACCACUUCCUCACGUUCUCCUGUCCUUCCGCUUCCCAAAAGGACCAGUAUUUCUCCUACUCAUGUUCACACUCUAUCCGCUGCCAAAUAUCCCACUCCUAAAUCCACAGUGAAGAACACCAACACACGACGCGAAUCUCAAGUCAUCGACCUGACCAAUGAUGAUGAACCAUCGUCAUCUUUAUCGAGAUCUUUCACCAUUCGAUCCCCUGUGAGACGCUCAAGACUGGUGACUCCGAAGACUCCCAUUCGUCGCAGGCGCGUCCCUUCGGACAUUGUCCCCGAGACACCUAGCCAUAAGGUGUCGCCAGUACGCCCAUUACAUCUCGCCAUUCCUUCCCGAAGAAGCACGACUCAGUCACUAUCAGAGGAAGGUUCAUCAGUCUCAACGUCACUCGAAGGGAUUGCCCCGUCGUCUCAACCAAAAGAUCUGGAGGAAAUCACCUCCCAGUUGCAGGAGUUCGUAGCGUCAAAGUCUUCGCUUGGACGCGGAUCUAGCGAGAUUGUCCCCUCUUCACAGUCUCAAGAGCGGGAAUUUGACCCUAGUUACUUUGCCACACUACGAGCCAGACGUUUGACCCUUGAGGAUCAGGAUAUAGUUCCAAGUUCCCAAUCUCAGAGUCAACCACAAUAUUGGCCACGAGAGGCAAAUCACGAAAGUACGGGGAAUAACGGCAAUGAGCCAAAGGAGUUUGAUUUGCCUGACCGUUCGCCAGAUAUAUCGUUCUCAUCGAACAGCCUCCAACGUUCAGACUCAAAUGUCUCGUUUAUUAUGCCUAUUGAGGAUACCGACAUAUCGAGCCUCUUCGAAGGAGACCCCAUGUUUCUGGCAGCACAGGAUGUCGCAGCGGAGGAUGUUCCUCCCUUGAAGCCCUUAUCUCAAGCUAUCUCUGCUACUGAAUCCGAUUCAGGUGAUGAAGAGUGGCUGCAGAAUGUAGGCGACCGCACUGCCAUUGGCCACGCUGUUUCUCAGCGACCGCAACAGUCUUCUCCACCCCGAUCAGUGUACCGUAGUCAAGAACCCGUAGAAUCCAGAGGAUUCGUGGCUUCACGAUCGUGUACUCCGGAAUGGCCGUCUCAGUUGACGCUGACUGGUUGUGAUGUGGAUUCUUCACAGUGGUCUCUACCUCAAGACGCCACAGACUUCCUGGAUAUGGUGGAAUCAAGGCCUCGAGUUUAAUUGGUUUGUGGACGGAUAAUCGUUGUUUGUACAUAAUUAUACCCAGCUUUCUUGUUAGGAUUACACGGAUAAUCAUCAUGUAUAUACUGCACCAUUUGCAAUCGGUAGGUUGAAUGCUCCUGGGCAUCCUGAGACGG